AUGGAGAAAGACUCGAUAUUGAUCACUGGCUGCGGUGAUGGAGGAAUAGGCUCGAGCCUUGCCCAUGUGUUUCAGCAAAGAGGGUACCAUGUUUUUGCCACAAACCGGGAACCCAACAAGAUGGCCUCUUUAAAAGAUCUUCCAAACGUCACUCUCCUCGCCCUUGAUGUAACUAAUAAGAGCCAUAUUCAAGAUGCGGUUGAAGCUGUCUCCUCUCAAACAAGUGGCAAGCUUUUCCGUCUCGUUAACAAUGCGGCACGCAACCAUUUCAUGCCUCUCCUUGAUGAUGAUAUUGAUGCCGCGGAAGCAAUUUUUGAAACAAAUGUUUGGGGGCCUCUUGCUGUGACUCAAGCAUUUGCUCCCCUUUUUAUAGAGGCACAAGGCACACUGGCCACGGAGCUAUUCCAACGAUGGGCGUGUCAAACCGAAAUGUUCCAUACUGCAAUAAUAGUUGACUUGAAGAAAAUACCAUCAGGUACUUAUGGCGCUUCAAAGAUUGCCCAGGAGCAGAUUGCCGAUGUUUUCCGUCUUGAGUUGAUGCCUUUCAAAUUCAAAGGCCUCAUGGUCGUGAUCGGGGCCAUCCAGACAAAUGGCCAAACCUAUCUUGGAGAUUGGAAACUUCCAGCGAAUUCUCGAUACAAGUCCGCCGAAGAGAAGAUAAAGACCGUCGUUCAGGCCACUGAUGGAAUGCCGCAAACGCCUCGAGAAGAAUAUGCAAAUCAAGUGGUUGACCAUAUACUAGGUGGUCCGACUGGUAAGGUUUAG